AUGGGCCCCUGCGGGCCAUGGCUGCACACUUCUGUCCUCUGGGCCGCAGUGGCCAGCCUGCUCCUCCCCCCCGCCGUGACCCAGCAGCUGAGAGGGGCUGGGCCCGGCCCCAGCAACUGGGACGACCAUGCAGGAGUUCCGGGGCCCUCAGAGGACGUGUCGGGCAAGUCUGACCACCCGACGCACAGCCACGGAGGCCAUGGAGAUGAGAACAGGGAUGUUUCCACAGAGAGCGGGCAUCAUCUCUGGGGCCACGGAGACCACGGAGAAGAGGACGAAGAUAUCUUCAGAGAGUCCCAAGGCCAUAGGUACCAAGGCCACGAGGUGGGAGACGAGAACGUCUCUGACGAGGAGGAAUACCCCGAGCAUGCUCAGCAGGCCCACAGACACAGACACCACGGAAAUGAAGACGCGGAUGAUUCAGCUGAGCGCAGGGACCACUUCCCCAGCCACGGGAGCCAGAGCCAUCAAGACGAGGAGGAGGAGGAAGUUGUGUCCAGUGAGCAUCACCAUCAUCACAUCGUCAGGCAUGUCCACCAAGGCCGCAGAGAAGAGGAAGAUGAAGACGAGGAAGAGGAGAAUGUCCCCACUGAGUAUGGACACCAGGUCCACAGACACCAGGACCAUGGGAAGGAGGAGGAUGAAGAUGACUCAGAGGAACAUGACCACGACCAUGGCCCCAGCCACAGACAUGGGGGACACGAAGAAGAUGAUGAUGACGGCGGCGAUGUUGUCUCCGCCGAGCGCAGACAUCAAGUCCACAGGCACCGAGAUCAUGGGGAGGAGCAGGAGGAGGCUCUCUCAGAGGAACAUCCCCACCAUCACAGCCCCAGCCACAGACACCAGGGCCACGAAGAAGAAGAUGAUGAUGAUGAAGACGAUGAUGAUAUUGUCUCCACUGAGCACAGACAUCAAGUCCACAGACACCGAGAUCACGGGGAGGAGGAGGAUGAAGAUGACUCAGAGGAACAUCACCACCAUGGCCCCAGCCACAGAUAUGGGGGCUACGAAGAAGAAGAUGAUGAUGAAGAAGAUGACGAUGAUAUUGUCUCCACUGAGCACAGACAUCAAGUUCACAGGCACCGAGAUCAUGGGAAGGAGGAGGAUGAAGCUGUCUCAGAGGAACAUCAUCACCAUCACGGUGGUGACGAGGAUGAGGAUGUGUCCACUGAACACUGGCACCAGGCUCCCAGACAUACCCACCAUGGCCUUGGAGACGAAGAGGAGGAGGAGGAGGAGAUCACAGUCAAGUUCAGCCACCCUGUUGCAAGCCACCAACCCCAAGGCCACAAGAGCGCUAAGGGGGAGGACUUCCCAGAAGAUUAUAAAAAAGCAGUCCCUGGCCGUGACCACCAUGGAGUCCCCAAGGAGGAAGAUGAGGACAUCUCUGCCAGGCUUGGCCACCAGGCUCCCAGCCAUAGGCAGCAAGACCACAGAGAUGAGGGGACUGGCCACAGAGGGUCCAUUAAGGAAGAGAUUAGCCACCGGUCCCCAGAACACAUGGGGGUGAAGGAUAGAAGCCACUUAAGGGAGAGCGAGUCUGAGGAGGAUGAGGAAGAGAAGGAAGAGGAUCACAGCUCCCAUGAAGAAGCUGACGAAGGUUCAGAGGAGGGAGGAGAAGGCACCCCGCAUGGCAGCCUGGAUGACCAGGAGGAUGAGGAAGACGAGGAGGAAGGGCAUGGCCUCAGCCUGAGUCAGGAGGAGGAGGAAGAGGAGGAGGAGGAAGAGAAGGAGGAAAAGAGAGAAGAGAGAGCUGAGGUUUGGGUCCCGCUGAACCAAGACCGCCAGGAGGAAGAUGAUGAGGAGGCGGGGCUAGGAGAAGAUGAACUCCCCUUCACCAUCAUCCCCAACCCGCUGACCAGGAAGGAGGUGUCUGGAGGGGCCUCCAGUGAGGAGGAGAGUGGCGAGGACAUGGGUCAGCAGGAUGCCCAGGAGUAUGGGAACUACCAGCCAGGGUCCCUGUGUGGCUACUGCUCCUUCUGCAAUCGAUGCACUGAAUGUGAAAACUGCCACUGUGACGAGGAGAACAUGGGAGAGCAUUGCGACCAGUGCCAGCACUGUCAGUUCUGCUACCUCUGCCCGCUGGUCUGCGAAACUCUCUGCUCUCCCGGAAGCUACGUCGACUAUUUCUCCUCGUCCCUGUACCAAGCCCUGGCCGACAUGCUGGAAACUCCGGAACCCUGA